AUGUCGACGAGCACCGGUAUAAGCGACCAAACAAAAAAAGUGCUGAUUGGAGUGGCUGCGGCGGCCACAGUUGCGGGAGUCGGAUAUGUCGCGUACAAAAGCCUGAGCAGCAAUGAAGAAAUUUCCACCGUAAGUGAAAUAAGUCAAGAAAUGCUUUAAGAUGCUGAUUUCAGUUGGCAGCCGAGCUUGAAAAGAUCAAAUCGCUCGGAAACCUCAAAUUCAAAGAAAGGCAAUACGAAGAAGCGAUCAAAGAAUUCACGAGGGGAAUUGAGAAGGCCGGCAGUGAUGAGCAGCACAUUGUCGCGAUGCUCUAUCAGAAUCGUGCUGCGUGCCGUGAAAAGGUCGGACACAGCCCGUUCGAUAUCCUUAACGACUGCCUCGCAGCACUGAAAGCCGAUAGAAAGUACGCUAAGGCAUACUUGAGAGCUGCCAAAGCACUUCACGAAGUCGGAAAGAAACAGGACGCUCUUGCUUGUGAGUCUUUAUUGAAUUCGCCGUAAUAGCUCUCCAUUUCAAGAUCUUCUGGCCGCUUUCACAUUAGAUUCCUCCCUGAACAAAGCCAACUUCGAGUUCUUCGGAAAGCUGCUCACCAUCGAACCGGUUAAUCUUUCUCAUAAUGCCUCGAGUCAUAAAAUAGCAAACAAUUACAGAGCGAAUGUUUCAUUGGAAAGCCUCUUGGAAUCGAAAGCCUCGAUCCGCAACCGAUAGCACUUUUCCGCAUCCAACAGUGGUGUGACACGUGGGAUAUUCUCGACUUGUUCAAAAAAGAUCUGACCAAGUUCACAGCGGAUGUGCUUGAUAAUGAUCAGAAGUGAGAGCCAAUCAUUGACCUUUUUUUUCAAUUCAUUUACUUCCAGGGUUUAUGUUGAAGCAUUGGAAGCGUUCAAGAAAGGAAAGUACGAGCAGAUUCUUUCGCUGCUCACCGAGAAUGUACACUACGCGCCGGCCAUCAUUCUUCGUGGCAAGUUGCUCAGUUACGGUGUGAAUCCGAAUGAGGGAACUAUUUAUUUGAAUAAAGUCCGAACGGAAUUGGAAGAAAAGAUAAAAGCGGAGGAAGACGAAGAGCGGAAGGUUCUCCUUCAAAACGCUUAUGAUAUUCUCCAAAUUGAGUUGAUGUACACGAUGUCUGAUAUCGACAAGUGAGUUAUUUUCUUUAAGAAUCAUUCCAAAACAACGCUUUUAAGCUUCCUCAAGCAGAUUCUAGAGGAGAACAAGGAAAGACUCUUCAAGCUCUACUCAUUCGCAGCUGUCUUUGUGGUAGUCCUUCUGCUUUAGGCCGUCCCUCAGUUCUUUUCGUUUUCAGUAUAACGGGUGUGUUCUGGACACUGCAGCUGCCACACACGAACAGCAAAUGAUGGCUGAUACAGUUAGAAUUGAAGCUUUGACAUAAUGGCCUAGCUUGCUUUCAUUUCAGCACAAUGCUGAUCGACUUCUUGCCGAAGCUGCUAAGCACGGAACGCUGACUCCGCAUCUCACCAUGAUCCGAUCGUUCCUCAAACUGUGCACGUGCGAAGAGUAUGCUGAUGUGCACAGACAUAUCCGUGAAAUGGAGCAGCUCACCGAAGACAGAUCGACACAUUUUAACCUCGUAAUGAUGGCCAAAGUGUACAUGAUGACGAACAACGAGGAGAGCUCCGCAAAGUUGCUUAACGAAGCAGCCAAGAUCAAGACGAGAUACUUGAUUCCGUCGAGAUAUUUGCAGACUGCGUGAGUACUCUCUUCUUUUCUCGCAUCCGAACCGCUCUCAAUUCAGGGACCUGCACGUUCACAAGCCAGAAGACGUGCGUCUCCAUCUGACGACAGAGUGUGCAAACCAAGCCCUUAAAGAAGAUCCGUUUAAUUUCUCCGCCCACGUACUUCAUCUCCUCGGCACCAACGGCCCGGAGCCAAUGAUCAGAAAGUGAGAUCUUAUUUGAUUAACAUUGAUCAGCAUAAUCCAAUCUCAGGGAAAGCUACGAGAAGUCGAUGGAAUCAAUCCGGAAAGCCGCCGUCUUUGCUCCGCCGAGAGAACUCCUGAUGCUCAAAAAGAUGAUUCCUCUGAUGACUGCGAAGAAGCGCGCCGCCGAGAUGCUCGAGCUGUACGACUGA